AUGGUGUUAACCCUUCACAAGCUUCAACGAUCGAAUUACUAACUAUUGAUUCAUUUCAUGAUUCACAAUCCAAAGAUGAAGAAGAAUUGGCUCUUCAAGCUGAAGAAGAGAUCAAAAAGGUUCGAAGGGCGGCUGAAGAGGCAAAGGCUAGAGAGCGUGAAAAAAGACAGCUCUUAAAGAUUUGGUCUCAAAACAAGUUGAAAAGGCCGCAAAGAAACGCAAGAAAGUUAUUUAAAGCUUGA